UUUUCGGGCAAUUCUGAUAAUUGGAGGCAGUCGCAGUGAAAAAAAACCCCACCCAAUCCCCGAUGCGUACCCAGUCACAGUCACAUGUUCUCUUCCCUCUGAAUAAUCUCUUCAGCGAGCAAAAGCAAACCCUAGAUCCCAGAUCGAAGGACGGACAUCGACCGGAGAACAGCCAUCUCCAAUCAUGAAGAGAGAUCUCAGUCGUUCCCGAUUACCCGCCCCGUCUUCUUCUUCUUCCUCCUCUGCUUGUCCCAAAGGUAAGAUGCUCAAGGUUGAAGACGACGGCGCCGGCAUGGACGAGCUCCUCGCCGUCCUCGGCUACAAGGUCAUGUCCUCUGAUAUGGCGGAGGUUGCUCACAAGCUUGAGCAGCUCGAACAGAUGAUGACUCAUGUUCAGGACGACGGUUUGUCCCUUCUCUCCACGGAGACCGUACACUACAACCCCGCUGAGCUCUACACCUGGCUCGAUAGCAUAUUGUCGGAGCUCAAGCCCGGUGGUCUGGGUCCUCUCCUUUCUUCGCCGCCGGAAAUGGGUACUUCGUUCCUCACCGGCGCCGAAUCCUCCACGAUCAGUUCAAUUGGGUUCGGAGCUCCGAAUCAGCAUUCUCGGGCCUUUGAUGAACCGUCCUCUUCUGAUUACGAUCUGAAAGCUAUUCCCGGAAACGCGAUUUACCCUCAGCCGAGCCGGAAGCAGAAUCAGUCUGCGUUCGAUUCGUCGUCUUCGUCGAACAUCGAUGGGAAUACUAACAAGCGGCUGAAACGCUCAAGCACCGAUUCCGUGCGUGCUUCGACAUCCACGGCGACACAGAUCAGCGGAUGCGUCGGUACGACGAUAACCACCACCGCGGCUGAGUCCACUCGGGCGGUGGUCCUGGUCGAUUCGCAGGAAAAUGGUAUCCGCCUGGUGCACGCGCUCAUGGCGUGCGCUGAAGCCGUCCAGAAGAACAAUCUGACCAUAGCGGAAGCUCUGGUGAAGCAAAUCGGCGCCUUGGCGGUAUCUCAGGCCGGUGCCAUGCGAAAGGUCGCCACUUACUUCGCAGAAGCCCUCGCACGGCGGAUCUACCGCCUCUGUCCGCCACAUAACCCGGUCGACCACUCCCUCUCCGGCACUCUUCAGAUGCAUUUCUACGAGAGCUGUCCGUACCUCAAGUUCGCCCACUUCACGGCAAACCAAGCUAUUCUCGAAGCUGUCGAAGGCAAGAAAAGGGUUCAUAUCAUAGAUUUCUCAAUGAACCAAGGUCUGCAAUGGCCCGCGCUCAUGCAGGCCCUCGCGCUCCGACCUGGCGGUCCUCCCGUGUUCCGGCUUACUGGAAUCGGACCUCCGGCGCCUGAUAAUUCUGAUUACCUUCACGAUGUUGGCUGUAAGCUCGCUCAGCUGGCUGAGGCGAUUCACGUGGAAUUCGAAUACCGUGGCUUUGUCGCGAACAGCCUGGCCGAUCUCGAGGCGUGUGUGCUCGAGCUCAGGCCGAGCGAGAACGAGUCGGUGGCGGUGAACUCGGUGUUCGAGCUACACAAGCUUCUGGCCCGAGACGGCGCGAUGGAGAAGGUCCUCGGCGUUGUUAAACAGAUGAAGCCGGAAAUCUUUACCGUGGUCGAGCAAGAGUCGAACCACAACAGCCCAGCGUUCCUGGAUCGGUUUUCCGAGUCGCUGCAUUACUACUCGACCCUGUUCGACUCGUUGGAAGGAGUGGUAAACAGCCAAGACAAGGUCAUGUCGGAAGUCUACUUGGGGAAGCAGAUCUGCAACGUGGUGGCGUGCGAGGGUCCGGACCGAGUCGAGCGUCACGAGACAUUGGCUCAGUGGCGGAGUCGAUUCGGCUCGGCCGGGUUCUCACCGGUCCAUCUUGGUUCGAAUGCGUUCAAGCAAGCGAGUAUGCUCUUGGCUCUGUUCAACGGCGGCGAGGGAUAUCGUGUGGAGGAGAACGACGGCUGCUUGAUGUUGGGUUGGCACACUCGGCCGCUCAUAGCCACAUCAGCCUGGAAACUGGCAGGAAUACCGGCGGUAUCUGGCUGAGUCAUCUCGACUGGCUCGGAGAAUGGGUGACUAACCGAGUUGACUCGAUGUUUUUUUGGGUGGAAUCUGUUCUCGGUCGGCGACCGAUGUGAAAGCUCGUGGGCUAAACCGAACCGAACUGAACCGGGACUACGUUUUUGGGUUUUCAGUCAUUUCAAUUAUAAAAAUGUAAGUGUUGUGGUUAACUAAGGUUAAUUUAAUUAUAAUAUAAACCGGUUGGUUCUUGUAACCCUGGAGGAAGAGGGUCAAUGACUUAGGCUUGGGAUGUAUUCGCUAUAUAUUGAUAUUUAUAUUGAUAGAAUGGCUUCGAUGGGAAUAAUAUGGUUGGAAUUUAUC